GUGCCGAGCAGGCCGCGCCGAGGCCACACCCCGCGGCGGAGGGCGCUUCCCGCGGGUGACUCACCCGCCGGCCCGGCGCAGCGCAGUCCAGCGGCGGAUCGGGCCCUGCCGCACCCCUCCUGCGCCCGCGCCCCUCCUGCGCCCGCGCCCGGCCCGCCGCUCGCUCCCCUGCAGCCCGCGCCGCGCACCAUGGCGGGGAUCGCGUACAAGCUGGUAAAGGACAGGGAGGCUGCCGAGGGGCUGGGGUCGCACGAGAAGGCCAUCAAGUACCUCAACCAGGACUACGAGGUGCUGCGGGACCAGUGCUUGGAGGCCGGGGCGCUCUUCCAGGACCCCUCCUUCCCGGCCAUCCCUUCUUCCCUGGGCUUCAAGGAGCUGGGACCCCACUCCAGCAAGACUCGGGGCAUCGAGUGGAAGCGGCCCACGGAGAUCUGCGACGAUCCCCAGUUUAUUGUUGGAGGAGCCACCCGCACAGACAUCUGCCAAGGAGCCCUAGGUGACUGCUGGCUGCUGGCAGCCAUUGCCUCCCUCACGUUGAAUGAAGAAGUCCUGGCUCGAGUUGUCCCCCCAGACCAGAGCUUCCAAGAAAACUAUGCAGGGAUCUUCCACUUCCAGUUCUGGCAGUAUGGCGAGUGGGUGGACGUGGUGAUAGAUGACAGGCUGCCCACCAAGGACGGGGAGCUGCUCUUCGUGCAUUCAGCAGAGGGGAGUGAGUUCUGGAGCGCCCUGCUGGAGAAGGCCUAUGCCAAGGUCAACGGGUGUUAUGAGGCGCUCUCUGGGGGUGCCACCACAGAGGGCUUUGAGGACUUCACCGGAGGCAUCGCUGAGUGGUAUGAGUUGAGGAAAGCCCCUCCUAACCUGUUCAAGAUCAUCCAGAAAGCUCUCCAGAAAGGCUCUCUCCUGGGCUGCUCCAUCGAUAUCACCAGUGCUGCAGAUUCAGAGGCUGUCACCUUCCAGAAGCUGGUGAAGGGGCACGCGUACUCGGUCACCGGGGCCGAGGAGGUUGAAAGUAGAGGAAGCCUGCAGAAAUUGAUCCGCAUCCGCAACCCCUGGGGAGAGGUGGAGUGGACUGGAAAGUGGAAUGACAACUGCCCAAACUGGAACACUAUAGACCCAGAGUUGAGGGAGAGCCUGACCAGGAGGCAUGAAGAUGGGGAGUUCUGGAUGUCUUUCGAGGACUUCCUGAGGCACUAUUCCCGGCUGGAGAUCUGCAACCUGACCCCCGACACCCUCACCAGUGAUUCCUACAAGAAGUGGAAGCUCACCAAGAUGGAUGGGAACUGGCGGCGGGGCUCCACUGCAGGGGGCUGCAGGAAUUUCCCGAAUACUUUCUGGAUGAACCCCCAAUACGUAAUCAAGCUAGAGGAGGAGGAUGAGGACCAGGAGGAUGGGGAGAGCGGCUGCACCUUCCUGGUGGGCCUCAUCCAGAAGCACCGGCGGCGGCAGAGGAAGAUGGGCGAGGACAUGCACACCAUUGGCUUUGGCAUCUAUGAGGUCCCAGAGGAGUUGAUGGGACAGACCAACAUCCACCUCAGCAAAAAGUUCUUCCUGACAAACAGAGCAAGGGAGCGGUCAGACACCUUCAUCAACCUGCGGGAGGUGCUCAACCGCUUCAAGCUGCCCCCGGGAGAGUACAUUGUUGUGCCUUCUACCUUUGAGCCCAACAAGGACGGCGAUUUCUGCAUCCGUGUCUUUUCUGAAAAGAAGGCCGACUACCAGAUUGUCGAUGAUGAAAUUGAAGCCAACCUGGAAGAGUUUGACGUCAGCGAGGAUGACAUUGAGGAUGGAUUCAGAAAUUUGUUUGCCCAGCUGGCUGGGGAGGAUGCAGAGAUUUCCGCCUUUGAGUUGCAGACCAUCCUGAAAAGAGUUCUAGCCCGGCGCCAAGAUAUCAAGACAGAUGGUUUCAGCAUCGAGACCUGCAAAAUCAUGGUGGACAUGCUGGAUUUGGAUGGGAGCGGCAAGCUGGGCCUGAAGGAGUUCUACAUUCUCUGGAAAAAGAUUCAGACAUACCAAAAAAUUUACCGCGAAAUUGAUGUGGAUAAGUCUGGUACCAUGAACUCCUAUGAGAUGCGGAGGGCUUUAGAAGAAGCAGGUUUCAAGCUACCCCGUGAACUCCAUCAAGUCAUCGUUGCACGGUUUGCAGAUGAUGAGCUCAUCAUCGAUUUUGAUAAUUUUGUUAAGUGUUUGGUUCGACUGGAAACACUAUUCAAGAUAUUUAAGCAGCUGGAUCCUGAGAAUACUGGAACAAUAGCGCUCGACCUUAUCUCUUGGCUCUGUUUUUCAGUACUUUGAAGUGAUCACUAUUCUGCUUGAAGACUUCGCAUGAAAGAAAAAUCAGCCAUGACUAAGCUUCUACAGAGAAACUUUUUAUCUGGACCUUGAAAUUAUGGGAACAUUUACUUAAACUGAUGAUUAUAGCGGAAAAUGAUACUAUGUGAGAUAGCAGAACUUUCAGAUAUUAAAGUAAAAUAUUUACAUAUCAUUAUACUAAA